AUGGACACUAUGGACGUUGAAGAUAUACCACAAACGACACGAUUAACAAAUGAUCAAGUUGAAAAUAGUGCUGGUGGGUUUGUUUAUGCUAUCGAUAAUAUGCAACGUUUAAGACGAUUUCUUUGUCUUGGUUCAGAAGGUGGCACCUAUUACAUUGGCGAAAAAGAACUGGGCAUUGAAAAUGCAAAAGCUGUACUUGAAUUAAUCAAAGCUGGAAGAGGUGAAGAAGUGGUAGCUGAAGUGAAAAAAUUCUCAUUAGAAGGGAGAACAUCAAAACAAAAUCCAAUUAUGUUUGUACUAGCAUUAUGUGCAAAAUCUGAUCAUCUUCCAACAAAACAAGCUGCUUAUAAAGCAUUAGCUGAUGUUUGUCGUAUACCAACGCAUUUAUUCAUGUUCCUUAAAUAUGCACAUGCACUUGGACAGGGUUGGGGACGAGCACAGCGAAACGCAGUAUCAGCUUGGUAUACAACACAAAAUCCAAGCAAAUUAGCAAUGGCUAUUACAAAAUAUCAAAACAGAGAAGGAUACACACACCGAGAUGUUCUCCGAUUAUCUCAUCCCAAAACGACGAAUCCAUUGUUACGAUUUUUAUUCGUCUAUAUUACAAAAGGAUUUGAAAAAGCAAUCGAAUCAUUACAAACAGCACCAACAACCGCUGAAACUACGACUGACACCACGAUAGACAGUAAUGCAGAUACAUCAACACAUACUAGUAAACAGAACGAUGAUGGAAUGGAAGAAGAAAUAAAUGAAAAAAUAACAACAACAGCUGAAUUACAAGCAUUUUUAGCAGCUGUUGAAGAAGCAAAAAAAUCGACAAAUGAACAAGAACUAAUAGAAUCGAUUAAAAAAUUUCAUUUAGUGCGUGAACAUAUGCCAACGACCGUUUUAAAUUCAGUUGGAAUAUGGACAGCAUUAUUAGAAAAAAUGCCAAUGACAGCAAUGAUACGAAAUUUAGGAAAAAUGUCUGAAAUUCAUCUGUUAACAGAAAAUAGUGACGCUGAAAAACAAAUUGUUCAACGUUUAAAUGAUCAGCAACAACUUCGUCGUGCACGUAUACAUCCAUUUAAUUUAUUAGUAGCAUUAGAAACAUACAAACGAGGAAAAGGUGUCAAAGGAAAAUUAACAUGGACAGUGAAUGAAAAAGUGAAACAAGCAUUAGAAAGUGCAUUCUAUUUAUCAUUUAAAUUUGUUGAAAAGACAAAUAAACGAUUUUGUUUGGGAUUAGAUGUUAGUGGUUCAAUGUCGGGCGCACAAAUACUCGGUAGUCCGACAAUAGAUGCAGCUGUCGGCUCUUGUGCAAUGUGUAUGGUUACAGUCAGAACCGAACCUUAUACAAAAGUUGUUGCAUUCAGUCAUGAACUCGUUCCAGUAACAAUUACAAAAGAUCAAACUUUAGAAAAAGUAAUGGACAUAACUCGAGCUAUCCCCAUGGGUGGUACAGAUUGUGCACUACCAAUGAUAUGGGCACUUGAUCAUAAAGAAGAUAUUGAUGUUUUUAUUAUUUAUACGGAUAGUGAAACUUGGUUUGGUGGUAUCCAUCCAACGGAAGCAUUGAAAAAGUACCGAACAAAAAUGAAUAAGCCUGAAGCCAAACUGAUUGUUUGCGGCAUGACAGCGACUCAAUUUAGUAUUGCUGAUCCAAACGACGGUGGAAUGUUAGAUAUCGCAGGAUUCGAUUCGGCUGCUCCACAAAUCAUAAGUCAAUUUGCUCUUGGACUAAUUUAA